UCUUCUCAAGUCGUGUCGUUUUCCGUCUCCGUGAAGUUUACAGUGUACCUGUCAAUAUUGAAGAAAACCAACAUGGCAGACGGCGUUGCAAGCAAAACCACGGGGAGGGACGGUGGGAUCGUGAUCGAAGACGAUUGGCCUGGCUACAGUUUAGACCUCUUCACCUACCCUGAGCACUAUUGUGGGGACUUAGAAAGUGUCUACAUCCCUCAUGGCGUCAUUAUGGACAGGACGGAGCGACUGGCCAGGAACAUCAUGGAGGACAUUGGGGAUCAUGACAUCGUGGUGCUGUGUGUUCUGAAAGGGGGCUACAAGUUCUGCGCCGACCUGGUGGAGUUCAUCAAGGCCCUGAGCCGCAACUCCAACAGGUCUCUGCUGAUGAGGGUGGACUUCAUCAGGCUCAAGAGCUACUUAAAUGACCAUUCAACGGAAGACCUCCACAUUCUGGGAGGGGAGGAUCUCUCUGUCCUCACCGGGAAGAAUGUGUUGAUCGUGGAGGCCAUAGUGGACACGGGGAAGACGAUGAGCACCCUGCUGAAGCACGUGGAGACCUUCAAGCCGAAGAUGAUCAAAGUGGCAGGGUUGCUGGUUAAGAGGGUGCCCAAUGGAGUGGGAAGCCUCCCGGACUAUGUGGGUUUUGAGAUCCCAAACCGCUUCGUAGUUGGUUACGCCCUGGAUUACAACGAGUACUUUCGAGACCUCAACCAUAUAUGUGUGAUCAGCGAACAAGGGAAGAUGAAAUACAAGGUGUGAAGAGUGUGGUCAGCAGGCUUUGGGGGAAAUGGGGAGUGUUUCUCUCCUGCCGUUUGGACGCUUUCCCCCAGUGCGUGCGGCCGAAGCCAUAAACCAUCAACGCACAACCUCCCCGCU